GUCUGCUCUUAAAGGGACCACCGUUCGAGGGGCGGGAGGCGGCGCCGCUGGAGCCAGCGCGGGGCGCGGGAGCCUGAGCAGACAGGGGAAACUGAGGAAGCUGAGCAAGGUCACUCCACGGGUCCGGAGCGAAGCGGGUCUCACAGCAGCUUGCCUGACCCCACGGCCUCUCCGCGACCACUUUCCCGGGUGCCAUGGCAGAGAAGGUGCUGGUAACAGGCGGGGCUGGCUACAUCGGCAGCCACACGGUGCUCGAGCUGCUGGAGGCUGGCUAUGCACCUGUAGUCAUCGACAACUUCCACAACGCCUUCCGUGGAGGGGGCUCUAUGCCUGAGAGCCUGCGGCGGGUACAGGAGCUGACAGGCCGUUCUGUGGAGUUUGAGGAGAUGGACAUCUUGGACCAGGCAGCCCUACAGCGUCUCUUCAGAGAGCACAGCUUUAUGGCGGUCAUCCACUUUGCGGGGCUCAAGGCCGUGGGCGAGUCGGUGCAAAAGCCUCUGGAUUAUUACAGAGUUAACCUGACAGGGACCAUCCAGCUUCUGGAGACCAUGAGAGCCUGUGGGGUGAAGAACCUGGUGUUCAGCAGCUCCGCCACUGUGUACGGGAACCCCCAGUACCUGCCCCUGGAUGAGGCCCACCCCACGGGUGGCUGUACCAACCCUUACGGCAAGUCCAAGUUCUUCAUUGAGGAAAUGAUCCGGGACCUGUGCCAGGCAGACAAGGCCUGGAACGCCGUGCUGCUGCGCUAUUUCAACCCCACGGGUGCCCAUGCCUCUGGCUGCAUCGGUGAGGACCCCCAGGGCAUCCCCAACAACCUCAUGCCUUAUGUCUCCCAGGUGGCGAUCGGGCGGCGGGAGGCCCUGAAUGUCUUUGGCAACGACUAUGACACGGAGGAUGGCACAGGCGUCCGAGAUUACAUCCACGUGGUGGAUCUGGCCAAAGGCCACAUCGCAGCUUUGAGGAAGCUGAAGGAGCAGUGUGGCUGCCGGAUCUACAACCUGGGCACUGGCACAGGCUAUUCAGUGCUGCAGAUGGUCCGAGCCAUGGAGAAGGCCUCUGGGAAGAAGAUCCCAUACAAGGUGGUGGCACGGCGGGAAGGUGAUGUGGCUGCCUGUUACGCCAACCCCAGUCUGGCCCGCGAGGAGCUGGGCUGGACAGCAGCCUUAGGGCUGGACAGGAUGUGUGAAGAUCUAUGGCGCUGGCAGAAGCAGAAUCCUUCAGGCUUUGGCAUGCAGGCCUGAGGACUCGCCCCAACCAUGGACCAGAAAAGGAAAAGAGAAGCAGCUGCUUGCUCUCCAGCCUCCGGCAGGACCCAAGGCCCAGAGCCUCUGGGGCCAAGUCAAGGCCUCCCCUACCUCAAACCCCGGCUGGGCCCACGCAGCCCACCAGGCAUGAGGCCAAGGGCUCCACUGACCAGGAGUCAGGGGUCUCUAACUCCCACCUUCCACAGGGUCUGGGAACUCAUCGGGACCACCAAGAGCGAGUGUGAGGGGUCAGGGCUCUUCCACAAAAGCCCCCUCCUCCCAGGCACUAAUUUAUACUGCUCUGAAGAAGCUUUCCAAAGUAUUUAAAAUAAAAAAGUUUUCUUACAUUGGG